AUGCUACGGGCCUCAAAAGAGGCCAAGGCCGCGCAGGGCAAAAGCCUGAGUGUUAACAAGCUGCUGCGGGAGCCAAAGACGGCCUACAGAGAAGCAAAAAAGCGCUGUCACAUUGACAACCCUACGGAGGCCCAGUACCUGGGACAACUGGUUCUGACAUUCGGCUGGUACGUUGGGAGGAGCUUCAAGUGGCUGGUCGAGAAUGAUGUCGGCUACAUCAAAUAUGUUCUUGACCGCCACUUGGAGGAGACCCAGGACCCAAAGAGAAAAACUCCCAUCAAUGACGGGUGGCUGAAGGACAGCCUGAUGAGCUAUGUGACGCUGUUCCCCCCCGUCUCUUGUCACCUUGAGGUCAACGUGGAUCGGGCCAUUUACGGCCAGGGGCAGUUCAAAUCCUUCACCUUCCUUGAAAUGUGGAGCUGGUACAGCCUGCAUACACGCCACCAGGCUGACCCACAAGCUGGGAGUGAACAAGAAAGAAAGAAGGCGCGGGAUGCUCAUGCCGCUGUGAAGCAGUGGCUGCUUAAAAAGGAGGGUGACCUUCCGUGCUUCCGGGCGUACAUUUUGGAGAAAGAGAAGUCUCAGUCGGGCGCCGCUCGUCCUGCUGCCACUCCGUCUGCUGCUGCGGCCACUCCAUCUGCUCCUCCUACAGCCACUCCGUCGGCUGCUGCCGCUGCUCCAUCUUGCGCGUCGUGGUGUGAUGACGAUGACAUCAUGCUAGAUGCCCUCGUCACCUUUGAGAGUAGUCAAGGGAAGCCAGCUGACGAGCUGUCCACCAGCCAGCCACAGCCUGCUCCUCCUGCCGCUGCUCCUCCUCCUGCCGCUGCUCCUCCUGCCGCUGCUGCCGCUGCUCCUCCUGCGUCUCCUGGGCCUCCACUCCUCGCUGAAUCUGGGCAGGAAGACAUAGAUGCUGCCCGCAUCACGCUGACCAACAACGAGACGGCCACUGUCCAUCCGCCAGCCUUUGAGGACGCCUGCAGUGCCAAUCCCCUCUCUGGGUUCCAGGAGCUGGAGGCCUUCUGCGCUACGCUAGUGCAGCUUGGGGGUGCUGACCAGAAGCUCCAGCUCACCACCGACCAGCGCAACGCCAUCCUCGACGCCUGGAAUGCGGUGGAGGAGCAUGACAAGCAGCCACAGAAGUACCACCAGCUGUACCGCACGCACUGGGGCAACACCUUGUACUGCCGUACAAAGAGGGAUGACCUCGGCGAAGCCGCCCUGAUCCAAGCGGGUGAAGAUGGCCAGGAGGUACGCGCCGGCCCAGCAGGACAUCAGCGCGCAGCACAACCGCCUCAUGUACGUGCUGGUCAGGCUGCUUUGGUUGAGUGCCCCCCAGUCCUCUCGAACCAGCCCGGAAAAGGCCUAUGA